CUUGUAUCAAGACAGCCCACUACAAACUCCCAAUACAGGCACGAAUCGCAAGAUGCCUCCACGAAUACCCCUCGGGCUAACAGCUCAGUGCUGCAAGGCCUCGAUUGAGCGGCCGAGUAAUUCAUCGCUCGUAGGAUUAUUCAAUGCGCUCUCAAUUCAGUCUCGUAGCGCCUCCAUUCUUGCGAACCUAUCCGACAACCCAGGUGCCUAUCAGAAACGUAUUCGUGUUGGUCGCGGUCCCUCUUCGGGAAAGGGUAAAACGUCUGGAAGGGGUCAUAAGGGUCAAAAGCAGCAUGGAAAGGUCAAGCCGUGGUUCCAGGGUGGUCAAACACCUUUGGUCGUUCAGAGGGGAAAGCUUGGAUUCGAGAACUUUCGAGCGCCUGUUAUGUCCGAAGUCAACCUCAACAAGCUACAAGACUGGAUCGACGCCGGCCGUAUCGAUGCUACGAAACGGAUUACGCCAAAAGAGCUGAUAGAGUCUAACCUUGUUGGAACAAUCAAGGACGGAAUCAAGUUGUUAGCGAGGGGAGCAGAUUCACUGAAGCAGCCGAUAGAUAUCGUUGUUUCUCGCGCGUCAGCAGCGGCCAUUGAUGCGGUAGAAAAAGCGGGAGGAAAGAUCAUGACACGAUACUAUACCAAGCAGGCUAUAACGCGGUUAGUGCUGGGCAAGAGUUUUCACACCGAUAAGCCCUUACCUACCGGCCCAGAGCAUGUACAGCCGGUCCUAGAGGAGGUUCGUCAGAAGGGGUUUUCCUACAGGCUGCCGGAUCCGACAGCUCGUUGGGAUAUCGAAUAUUACCGUGACCCUGCGCACCGAGGAUAUCUGAGCCACACAUUGAAGCCUGGCGAGUCGCCAAGUUUGUACUUCAGGGUGCCGCCGGCGAAGAUUCUCAAGCGGCAGAAGAAGGAGAAGGGAACUACGCAGGAAGAUACAAAACUGUGGGACAAGCUAUAAGAGUAUACUCGUCGAAUCUGCAGAAUGUACCAUAUAUUGUGUAUUACGCCUGCAGGUAUAUAUACCUGUUACCGGGAAUAUACAUGGACCACCCACUUACACUUAUCAUGUCCAACCAUCCGAAUGGAGAUAUAAUAUGCCUUCGGUUUAGUGGUUGCGACAAGGGGUUGCUUGAGUCUUUGAAAUGUUCAACCUUAGUACUGGUAUUAUCAAUACUUGCAUAAGUAACGAUAAGGUACAUAUAUGUUUCAAUUGCCUUAAGGUGCCUGGAUGCCCUAUUCAUUAUGCAGGUAAAUCACUUUACAUAGACACAAAAUGUACAUGUAUCAAAUGCAUUAAUGUCAGUGUAAUUGG